AUGAUCGAAAGACCAAAUCACGGGUCGGGCCUGUUCGCUCUAAUCGCCAUCCUAUCCGUUUUUAUACUUCCCGGUAGCCCACGGGCCGAUCCAAGAACCAAUACCGUCCUCUUCGAGUGCGGGAGCCAGGUGGCGGCCAACACCACCGCCUUAGUCCCCAACUUCGGGGCCACCAUGGAGAUCAUCGCGGCCCAAGUCCGAACAUCGGGCUUCGGCACAGCCAUCGUGGGCUCCAGGCCCAAUAGCAUCCACGGGCUGGUCCAAUGCUACGGAGACCUCUCAUUAGUGGAUUGUGUCCUCUGCUUUGUCGCGGCCCGAACCCUCCUCCCCAAAUGCUACCCGGUCACCGGUGGCCGAGUUUACCUAGACGGUUGCUUCAUGAGAUCCGAAAACUACACUUUUUUUGAUGAGUGGGUCGGGCCCAAUGACCGGGCCAUUUGUGGGAACGUGACCCAAUUGGGCCCGGGUUUUCGUGAUUCGGCCCGACGGGCCGUGGCGCAUGCGGUUUCAUCUGCGCCGGGUAAUAACGGGUUUGCGCGGGCCCAGGUAGGGGUGCCUAGGACUAGGAACGGGUCGGUUUAUGUUAUGGCGAACUGUUGGAGGACAGUUGGCGAACGGGCCUGCCGGGCCUGUUUGGCGAAAGCGAGUGGGCUUGUUUUAAGGUGUUUGCCUUCGACCGAGGGCCGGGCCCUUAACACGGGCUGUUUCGUGAGGUAUUCGGAUAUGGAUUUUCUUAAUCCGAUGCCUGCACGUGGAAGCUCGAAAGGAAGGAUUAUUGCCAUUGUAAUGGCAUCUAUUGGUGCAGCAGCUUUUCUGCUCAUUGCAGCUUAUAUUGGAAUUUACAUUAGAAGGAACAAAGUGAUUCAGAAGAAGAGAAAAGGUGAUGCACAUAAACUAGUGAAAACUCUUCAUGAUAGUAGCUUAAACUUCAAAUAUUCCACCCUCGAAAAAGCCACCGGCUCGUUCGACCCAGCAAACAAGCUCGGCCAGGGUGGAUUCGGGACAGUCUAUAAGGGGAUUUUACCGGACGGGAGAGAAAUCGCUGUCAAGAGGCUUUUCUUCAACAACAAGCACCGAGCGGCCGAUUUCUACAAUGAAGUCAACAUUGUAAAUAGCAUACAGCAUAAAAACCUCGUUCGCCUGUUAGGCUGCAGCUGCUCGGGACCUGAAAGCCUUCUCGUUUACGAAUUACUACCGAACCAAAGCCUCGACCGCUUUAUUUUCGAUCAAAUCAAAGGCAUGGCAUUAAACUGGGAAAAAAGGUUCAAGAUAAUCAUAGGAACAGCCGAGGGAUUAGUGUACCUUCAUGAAAACACAAAGAUGAGAAUUAUACACAGAGACAUAAAAGCAAGCAAUAUCCUCUUAGACUCGAAAUUCAGGCCGAAAAUCGCAGAUUUCGGAUUGGCCAGAUCAUUUCAAGACGAUAAGAGUCACAUAAGCACAGUCAUAGUAGGAACAUUGGGAUAUAUGGCCCCGGAAUAUCUAGUCCACGGCCAGCUAACAGAAAAGGCCGAUGUCUACAGUUUUGGUAUUCUUCUCUUAGAAAUCGUCACCGGUCGAAUGAAUAACCAAAGCGAAACCGCGGACUACUCAGACAGCCUUAUAUCCAUAGUCUGGAGGAAUUUUCAAGAAAAGAGGAUCGACAAGCUACUCGACCCGAACCUAAUGCAGCAAAACUACAACAAUAUCAAUGCAAAAAACGAGAUGUUGCGUGUAGUCCACGCGGCGCUCUUGUGCAUGCAAGAAAACCCCUCGUUAAGGCCAUCAAUGUCGAAGGUUUUACAAAUGCUUGUGGAUAAAGAAGAAUUACCGAGCCCGACUAAUCCUCCUUUCAUGAAUGAGAUAACAAUGGAACUUAACGACUCAAGGGCAAAAAUGGUAUCUCCCCUCGAGUACAGCUAUGGUGAUUCUAUUGCUAAUAUGUCCCACAGCAAUUUCUAUCCUAGGUGA